GCAGUGAGGGGAUAUCCCGCGUGGUGGGCAUGGUUCAGGAACGGUACACGAUCGCAGCCGUGGAAAAAUUAACGACAGCAGGCCAAAAUCAUCAAGGUGCUCCUCGCUUGACUUAGGUCAAGCGACGAAGCAAAGAAGAAGAUGGAGGAGAACGAGGUCAGUGAACUUAUGCAGUUCAUUGGAAGAAGUUACAAAGGAAGCUCAAAAAAUGGCAGAAUGGACGGAGAAGGCGAGUACACCUUUCCCACAAACACCAAGUAUGUUGGAGAGAUGAAGGAUGGAAUGUUUCAUGGAGAAGGAAUGCUCCUCUUUCCAAAUGGGAUUAAGUGUGAGUCUACUUGGGAAAACGGAUUAUCUAAAGAGGGGUUGUUUACUUUUGCGGAUGGUUUGCAAUAUCAGGAAACUAACUGGGACUACUGUGAUGGAAACGACAGGCGUUUUCACAGCGAGAGGUGCAAUGGAAUAAGACCUGCAGGAGAAUCUCAGAUGACAGAUCUGCACCCACCUCGACCCAUUCCUGAAGGCUGCUAUGACUGUGCAGAUGGUUUCUAUGACCCGGUUACCAGGGUCGUCACCUCUUACAGCAGCGGAUUUCUCAGGAACGCAGACGACUCUGAACAUGAGUGGAUUGUACGGAGCUGCCGCAAGGCUCGGGGUGAUGUUGGCGGUCCAGAGAAACUCGCUUCAGCCACAGUGGAGGGGAAGAGCAACGCAAUCAGAUAAAAUGUUUGAGCACUUUAAAUUUAGCCUCCGUGGAGCAACAUUGUACAAAAUUGUACUUUUAAUUUAGCAAGAAGUUAUUUUCCUGUAUUUGCAUCUGUAGUUAUACAUGAGUACUUUGUUUUUGAGUAUGAAAUAAUAAAAAAAAUGUUUUUUUCA